AUUUGAACUGACAUUCAUGUCACCUAUCAUCAAAAUGUCACCAAUUAUCAAAAUUUGUCGUUAUUACCAUCCAUCGUCCCCGACUAUGAAAGAUGAAAAUUGACUGUAAGCCACGUUUGAAAUGCAACUGUAGUCGUUGUGCUCCAAAUUCGUAUUCCAAAUUCCUGCCCAAGAGCUGCUGUCUCAAAUUCCUUGCAGUACUGAUCAUUCUCUUCACUCUCGGAUACCUAGCUUCCAAUUGUAUCCGUAGCUUCCUCAGAUGCAAGCCUUUCGCUGAAGUUCCUAUGCUGUACUGACUGGAAACAUGGAGAAUCAUUCAGACGAUGAAGAAGAAUGCGAUUCUUGCUAUGCUCUGAGUGAAUCAGGCGAUGAUAAUCUUUGUGAACCUUAUAGAAGAAGGUUCUUCUAUGAGGAAUUAGCACAAUGCAUCUCACCUUGUUUCACCAAUACCCUCCGUUUUUGUGAAAAAGCAAUGGUCAAGCUUUCUAGUACCAUGAACGAACAGAAAUGCUGUGAAAGUACCGAACACGUCAAACGCAAAAUAUGUCCGGGUCAUCAAAGUUCAAGGCCAAGACCUAGAGAAGUAGGUAGGAUAGUAGAAGUAGUAGAUCAUUGUUUGUCUUGCCAAAAGUUUGAGAUUUCUCCGGAGGAAUCCAGAACGCCAGAAUUAUCUAGCCAAAGUUCUGUAUCUGUGGAAGCUGAGGCAAAUUUUUCGGUACCUAUUCUCAAUAAACCAAAGUCAAUUCCUCGGAAACCAGAAUCAAAACGUAUCAUGAAUUCUGGAGCAGUUAAUAAAAAACUUGUUGUGGAAAAAGAAACUAAUGUUAAACAAUCGGAGCUAAUUGUUAUGCAUACAGAACCUGUUAUUAUGAUACCAGAAUCUACUGGUAUGGAAUCACAACCUUUUUUUACAAGACCAGAACCUAUUGUUACCAGUCCAGAACCUAUUAGAAGACCAGAACCUAUUGUUACAAGACCAGAACCUAUUGUUACAAGACCAGAACCUAUCGUCACAAGACCAGAACCUAUCAAUACAAGACCAGAGCCUAUUGUCAAUAUUGUAAUGAACCCAGAACCUAUUGUUACGAAGCCAGAAACAAUUGUUAUAUCGCCAAUAUCAUCAAUAGAUGAGAGUGUAUCCGCAUCUAGUUGCUCAAAACUUGAUCAAACAACGUCCGUAGAAAGUGAAAAUUGUGAACGUGGAAAAGAUCAUGAGAACUGUAGAAAUAUCAAUAUCAACGUGAAAGUGAAGAUUCAAAAAAAGAGACGAAAGAAACAUGGAGACCUUUCUGAUAGUGACAGUUCAAAAUCUAAGUGCAAACAAAAACGGGACGAAGAAAGGAAGGGGAGCAGAAAAUGCUGUAAAUGUGACAAGAGUGAAAUAACAGUCGUUUCAUGUGAAAAUGCGCCAAAUACUAAUAAUAAACAAGAUUUCUGUCAACUUUUGAAACCCAAAAUCUUGGCUCAUCCUCAAAUUGAAGAAUUUAUCAGAAAGUGUAGAUGCAAACAAAGAAGAAAAUCUUCUGAUUCGUUUGGUUCCAACAAGUUACCAGCUAUUCAGGAGCAAAACUUGAAAGAUGACUCUAGAACAGCAGAAACCUCCAGAGAUAGCUCAAGUACAUACAAUAGUCCAAGAAAAGAUAAAUCUAGAAGUUAUGAUUCUACAGAAAAAAACACCAAGAGAAAAUCAGAAACUGUUGGAACAUCAAGGAGACCGUCUCAUAAUACUUCUGAGAAAGUAUUGAAGGUUGAUAACAUGACAGUUGAGCAUAGGAAAUCUGUAGAUAAGAACAAUAGGAAAAAAGAUAGUACCGGAAAUAUGGUUCCAAUCUUCGUUAACAAAGACAUAGCCGCUGACACAUCUUUUCAUGUCAACAGUAGAGACAAAAUCGUUCAUUAUAUGUUCGUGGAACAUUCGCUUAGCUACUCUUUGUUUUCACUGCAUCAUAAUAAAGAGAUAUAUUCUGUGAAGAAGAUGGAUAUCAGGAAUACGCCCUCUUUCGGCAUCUCCCGCGACCCAGGCUUCGGCUUCCCAGUGCGCGAGGGCAUGCCCGUAUCCCUCAAAUGUGACGUGGAUGCCAACCCGCGGGCGGCUCCCGUGUGGCGCAAAGAUGACGGGGAGCCGCCCGUCGAGCAGUCCGCCGACGGCUUCCUCAACUUCACCGACAUCAGGCGCGAGCACAGCGGCUGGUACAAGUGCGUGGCCAGGCACCGGCUGGGCAGGUUCUCGAGCAUCGGGUACUUCCUCAACGUCAGGUAUGAGACGGAUGUUACCCAAGAGCCGGAUUUCGACGUCAGCGAGUUGAGUUCUACUGGCCGACAACUGGAAGUCUCUCUGGGAGGAGCAGUUCAACUUGCUUGUCCAACAGGGACGACAGGUUGUUGGACGAGAGUCGAGCCAUCUACAGGGCGGCUGGAGCCUCUGGGAGCUUCCCAGGAAUUGAGGCUGGACACUGUGGUGUACCAAGAGGGGGGCGAGUACAGAUGCGUAGCCCCCACCAGGGAUGCUACACGAAGAUCCUCCGGCGUUCUAUAUAAUCUACAACCACACAGGUUGGAAACCAAGUAA